CGGCGAGCGGCCGGGGAGCACGGGCCGACGGACUGACGGACCCGCAGGCGGGCCGCGCUGCUGCGGGUCGCGGGCACCCGGUGUCGACGGCCGGCCUCAGCCCUCCCCGGCCCGUCGCGCCCGCCCCGUCCAGUCCGGGCCCAUGGCUCCUCCCGAGCCCCGCCGCCCGCGGGGCGCAGGGUAGAGCUUCGCGGCUCGGCCGCUGCGCCGGGGGACGCCUGGACCCUCCCGGAGCCCCGCGGAGCCCCCGCCGUCCGUCUGGCGGGCUCGGGGAGCGAGUGGGAGCACCCUCCCCCCGCCACCCCUUCCCCCGAGCGGCGAGACAAGAUGCUGCCCGGGCUCCAGCGCCUGCUGCAAGGUCCUGCCUCAGCCUGCCUCCUGCUGAUGCUCCUGGCCCUGCCCCCCGCAGCUCCCAGCUGCCCUAUGCUCUGUACUUGCUACUCGUCCCCGCCCACCGUCAGCUGCCAGGCCAACAACUUCUCCUCGGUGCCGCUGUCCCUGCCGCCCAGCACACAGCGACUCUUCCUGCAAAACAACCUCAUUCGCACACUGCGGCCCGGCACCUUUGGGCCCAACCUGCUCACCCUGUGGCUCUUCUCCAACAAUCUCUCCACCAUCUACCCGGGCACCUUCCGCCACCUGCAGGCACUGGAGGAGCUGGACCUCGGGGACAACCGGCACUUGCGCUCUCUGGAGCCCGACACCUUCCAGGGCCUGGAGCGGCUGCAGUCCCUGCAUCUGUACCGCUGCCAGCUCAGCAGCCUGCCUGGCAACAUCUUCCGUGGCCUGGUCAGCCUGCAGUACCUCUACCUCCAGGAGAACAGCCUGCUCCACCUCCAGGAUGACCUGUUCGCGGACCUGGCCAACCUGAGCCACCUCUUCCUCCACGGGAACCGCCUGCGGCUGCUCACGGAGCACGUGUUCCGCGGCCUGGGCAGCCUGGACCGGCUGCUACUGCACGGGAACCGGCUGCAAGGCGUGCACCGCGCGGCCUUCCGCGGCCUGAGCCGCCUCACCAUCCUCUACCUGUUCAACAACAGCCUGGCCUCGCUGCCGGGCGAGGCGCUCGCCGACCUGCCGGCGCUCGAGUUCCUGCGGCUCAACGCCAACCCCUGGGCGUGCGACUGCCGCGCGCGGCCGCUCUGGGCCUGGUUCCAGCGCGCGCGCGUGUCCAGCUCCGACGUGACGUGCGCCACGCCCCCGGAGCGCCAGGGCCGCGACCUGCGCGCCCUCCGCGAAGCAGACUUCCAGGCCUGCCCGCCCGCGGUGCCCACGCGGCCGGGCAGCCGCGCCCGCGGUAACAGCUCCUCCAACCACCUCUACGGGGUGGCCGAGGCUGGGGCGCCCCCCGCCGACCCAUCCACCCUCUACCGAGACCUUCCCGCCGAGGACCUGCGGGGGCGCCAGGGCGGAGACGCGCCCACGGAGGACGACUACUGGGGGGGCUACGGUGGCGAGGACCAGAGGGGCGAGCACAUGUGCCCGGGCGCAGCCUGCCAGGCGUCCCCGGAUUCCCGCGGCCCUGCGCUCGCGGCCGGGCUCCCCACCCCGCUGCUCUGCCUCCUGCUCCUGGCGCCCCAUCACCUCUGACUGCGGUGCUGAGACUGAAGAGCCAGGGGGUAUCCCCGGAGGUGGGGGGCGUCUCUGGCCCCAGUCCCCGCCCCUGGCCUCGCUGCCUUCCGAUCCCCUCCCAGCGCCUCUUACCCUGGGAUCAGGCCGCCUCUUCCUGCCUCCUGGCUUGCCCGGAUUGCAGACAGCCCCUGGAGGGCGUGUGUGUGGGGGCUGGCCCUUCCCCCUCCCCACUCUGGCCAUUAACUCUUCCCCACUUCAAGGCUGGGGUGGGGCACCCCGGGAAGCCGCUGAUGCCUCUCCCGAGGACUCACAGGGGUGCACCUGCAGCACGUCUUCCACCAGGGAGCCUUUGUAAAGCUCCAGGAGGAGCCCCGCCCAGGCGCAGUCUGAAGGGAUGUUUCUGUCAGGCACAGGCUGACCCCUGAGGCCUGUUCAUUCUAGCCCCCUUCAGCCUCCCGACACCGGAGGAGUACUUUUCUCCCAAGUCCAUGGUGGACACUUUUUAGAACACCUGGAUAAGCUUUCCUCGCCACCACGGCCCCUGUGUGGUGAAGAUCAAAACCAAUUGUUUGGGGGGAAAAAGGUUUAUUAAAAAGUUCUAUUAUUUUAGCU